UUUGUGUGCGAGUUCGAGUUCGCUGUUCGUUCGUCCGUCGUCGUCGUUUUCAAAACAUAUUAUUCGCUGCUGACUGACACGGGAAAACCAAACUCGUCGCAGGUACUUACAACAAAAGAAAGGAAAAAAACAUCCAGUGCGUACAUUUACUGCGGAAUUAAAUGCGAAAAUCUCCGGAAAAAGUGGCUGCCGUUUGUGUUUGCUUCGUUUUCGUCCCAGUUUGAUCCUGUUCGGUUCCGCUUCCGGUAGCUGUUUCUCGUUUUCUGCAGAAGAAGGAAAAAUCCAUCCAGAGCCACAACAACCAUGUCGGAAGAAUAUGAUUAUCUCUUCAAAUUUCUCAUCAUCGGUCGGGCUGGAAGUGGAAAGUCGUGCCUGCUGCAUCACUUUAUCGAAAACAAAUUCAAAGAGGACAGCUCGCACACAAUCGGUGUCGAGUUCGGAUCCCGCAUAGUCAACGUCGGUGGAAAGUCCAUCAAACUGCAGAUCUGGGACACGGCUGGCCAAGAGCGAUUCCGUUCGGUUACGCGGUCCUACUACAGAGGAGCUGCCGGUGCCCUGCUGGUUUACGACACAACCUCCCGAGACAGCUUCAAUGUCCUCUCGAACUGGCUGAACGAUGCCCGAACGCUUGCCUCACAGAACAUCUGUAUCCUGCUGGUGGGAAACAAGAAGGACAUGGAGGAAGAACGAGAAGUAACCUUCCUAGAGGCAAGCAACUUUGCCCAGGAGAAUGAGCUGAUCUUUUUGGAAACGAGCGCCAAAACAGGCGAGAACGUUGAGGAAGCAUUCCUUAAGUGCUCGAAGACGAUCCUAGCCAAGAUUGAAACCGGAGAACUGGACCCGGAAAGGAUUGGCAGCGGUAUACAGUUUGGGGACACUUCGAAACGAAGUGGAGCGGGCCAGUCCGGAAGUCGACAGCAGAGUAGCGGCCGACGCCGGACACCGGAUUGCGCUGGAGGAUGCCGCACCUAAAUGGCAAAAACCCAGUGUCGAAAUAUAUAGCUUUUUUUCCGAUAUCUUUCGUCUAUGGCAGAGACAUUUUAAAGGUACCAAAAACCGUGUAGAAAUUGGAUAGAUUCUAGUGCGCCUCUUUUUAACGCAACAGAGUCAAACUUGUGGUGAUUGGGUUUCGCAAAUCUUAACGAACUAUAAACCAACCACCUUUUUCACGUUUUAGGUUAACAUCAAUUAGGCAACGAUUUGUACGAGAUUCGCGAAAGUGACACAUUUAUGCAUUAUUUUUUUAUUUUUUAAACCUGAAUCAAAAACUUUCCAAUUAUCUGUAUUUAUUUACACACCAAUUUAGAAAUAUAAGGAUCAUCUAAAAUCUCACUUUGUGAUCUUUGAUUUACAAUUAAACUUAUACUUAUUCCUACUUUAAAACAAAUCAAAAAUAGUAUAUUUUUAUCAAUCAAAUUUAAUCCCCUUAGUUACGAAAGUUCAUUCCCAGCAGCAAAUUUCUACCAGCAGCUUGCGCCAUAAGUCAGAGUGCAGUGAUAGCGAAUGGCGAAAAACACACACCCACACAAACAGCAUUAGCACUGAUUUGUUGAACGUUUGGUGUGAAUUGCAAGAAAAAAUUACCGAAAAACAAAACAAAAAUUAACAAACUUCACCCGGCUACGUAGAAAUAGCGUGCGGGGAUUUGUUCAAUACAAGUGCUGUAAAAUAAAGAAGCGGAUUUAUCAACCAGUAUCGAUCAGUUGUUCGAGAUUGAACGACGCGUCGGUCGAUUAAUUCAUAGUGAUAAUAAUGAAAAACAAAAACUUAUGUAUCGAAAAAUAAAAUUGAUUGUCUUGUAGACCAAAAUUGAA